CUGGAGAAAGGUUAGAUUGACUUUGCAGCUCCGAGUCACCUGCAAAGUGGAUCUGCGGUUAUGUCAGCGGAACCGGCAUAAUGUGUCACCGAAAGGGAAAUUCCGCAUGUGUCGAGUCUUGGCAUCUAAAUCCAAGUUGAAGCUUUGACAUUGUCGAACUUUUUUUUUCUGUCUUUUUAUUCUUCAACGAAAACACAUCCAACCAACCACUUUUGCGCAAUUCUUCAUAGGGCGAGCCACCGCAAGGAACCCUGUGUUAUAUCAUAAUGUCUGCUCAAGAUCAAAACGCAGCUUGGCCUUUGGCCGACCAGGCUCUCACGCAAGAGAUUCUCGACCUCGUGCAACAGGCUGGCCAUGCCCGUCAGCUAAAGAAGGGAGCCAACGAGGUCACCAAGACGUUGAACAGAGGUGUUGCCGAGAUUAUCGUCCUUGCCGCAGACACCACUCCGCUCGCGAUCCUUCUCCACCUACCGCUGCUUUGCGAAGACAAGAAUGUGAUCUACUGCUACGUGCCUAGCAAGAUCGCACUCGGCAGAGCUUGCGGUGUAUCUCGAGCCGUCAUUGCUGCCUCGAUCACCACCAACGAGGCCAGCGAUCUAUCGGGCCAAAUUCGUAGCCUUAGGGACAAGAUCGAACGUCUCAUGAUUUAAGAUACCCCAUAGUUAGGAAAGGAAUUCAGGGCCUUGUAUAGGAAAAUUGUACUAGGCUAGAAGUCUUAGACGGACUGGACGGAUAGCCCAGGAACAGCCGUACGCAGGUAUAGACAAUCUACUCUGCAUUGGACCGACUAGUUCAAUAUAAGAUGCAAACCUCAUGCUUGGUCUCCACCAUACCUAGGUGCUUAAUGGUUUAAACAUCAAUAGGAACGAUAAGCACAUAAGUACCGAAGUAUUUAUGCAUAUGGAUCACACUAGCGCAUCUGCGUUCCAGCGAUGUCGCCC